UUUACAAGGGAAGAGUAAGAGUCUGGUGACGGGAGUGACUAGUGAACAGUCUUGACAAAUUUAGAGAACAUAUGAAUGCGUGGUUAGCAAGGAAGAGGCAAUUUGCUGUUGACAACUUACGCAUUAAAGUUUCCUUGUUUGGUGUCAUUUUUUCGUGAAUGUUUGAUAUUUUGUGAUUUUUUGAAAUGGCUUUUCUGUGUGGGAAUGCCGUGAAAAUGAAAAUCAGGUGUGAUAUGAAGCAUUGACGUCUAUGAUAUAAAACAAUGACGUAAUUACUGAUGCCCUGCGCCGUAAACUAGACGUUUCGGCUAAAUGGUGAAAGGCGUUUGUUAUUUAUAUCAACCCGUAUUAACCGAACAUUCGUUAGAAGGUUCACAAGAAAACCCAAAGAAAAUGCCGCAUGUCACAAGGAAAUGGGAGGUGUUUCCAGGAAGAAAUCGUUUUUGUUGUGAUGGACGAAUUAUGAUGGCCCCACAAACUGGUGUUUUUUAUGUUACAUUGUGUCUUAUUAUUGGAACAUGCGGUCUAUUUUUUGCAUAUGACUGUCCAUAUCUUGCCGUGAAGCUGACACCUGCCAUUCCCGUUGUUGGAGGACUACUAUUUUUGUUUGUGAUGUGUUCCUUGUUGCGGACCAGUUUCAGUGAUCCUGGAGUCAUUCCACGUGCCACACCAGAUGAAGCAGCAUAUACUGAAAAGCAAAUUGAAGUUCCCAACAGUACAAAUUCUCCUACGUACCGGCCUCCUCCAAGAACGAAAGAGAUUCUUGUACGGGGCCAGCCAGUGAAACUGAAGUAUUGCUUUACUUGCAAAAUAUUCCGACCACCUCGAGCAUCGCAUUGCAGUCUUUGUGACAACUGUGUGGAGCGAUUUGAUCAUCAUUGUCCAUGGGUUGGCAACUGUGUAGGGAAGAGAAAUUAUCGAUACUUCUACAUGUUCAUUGUUUCCUUAGCAUUCUUGUGUGUUUUCAUAUUUGCAUGUGCAGUGACUCAUCUUAUUUUACUGACUAAAGAUAAUUCAACAUUCUUAGAAGCUGUAAAACAAUCACCAGGAAGUGUCAUUGUCGGAGUAGUGUGCUUUUUCAGUGUGUGGAGUGUAUUGGGACUUGCUGGUUUUCAUACUUACCUAACUACAUCUAAUCAGACAACAAACGAAGAUAUUAAAGGUUCCUUCAGUAGCAAACGUGGCCAAGAAAGUUUUAACCCAUACAGCCAGGGAAAUGUUUGUGCAAAUUGUUGUUAUGUGUUAUGUGGACCAAUUCCACCCAGUUUAAUAGAUCGCAGAGGGGUUGUUACCGGUGACUAUGUAGCUAUCCAUGCCCAUGCAGACGAUCAAGAUGGAGUUCUAUCAAAUAAUAAGUCUUAUGGGACUGUGAAGAUGAAUCAACCUUCGAACAAUUCAAAUGGCGUACAUCAGAUGCCUUUACCAACUAAUCCCAUUGGGAGAGGUAUCGAAGAUAUGGAUAACUCCAGCCCAUCUGUGUCUGCGUCCAUGGGCAUAAGUAUAGCUUGCAGUCCUCCAGAAGUAGCGAAUAAUUGUGGUACAGUGAACAUGACGGAUUUAGAUAUGAAUGACAGUGUGAUAAGUAAUGCCAGUAGUGUAGUGCCUCUGAGUGCCAGCAGACUGCGUUUGCUACAAGACACUACGAUGAUUGAAUCGGCACUGGAUUUGGAUUCUCUUGAAGAAUCUUCUGUUGGUGCAGGGAGUCAAGCUGGGCUCCUCAAGUUGAGUAUAAAUUGAAGAUAUGUUCUGCAAAAACUGUCUUCCUGUGAGUUUGUAAGAAUCUUGUGUCAUUGCUUUCUCUCUUCACAAAUCAGUUCAUCUUAAUUUAAUAGUUCUUCUAAAUUUAAAAACAUUACUUAAACAUUCUUUUGCUGUGUAUUAAGAAGGGAGAAAAUCAAAGAUACUCAAUUUCAAUAAUUUUUUGGUUUUCUCUCCAUUGCAUUGAUCAUUUGAUAUUUUUGAGAUAGUUGUCCUACUUUUGAGAAUAUUUUGUAAAUUAUUUUUAAAGAUAUUUUUUUCAUUUUAAUUUAUUGCCUUUUGUACAUGCUGAUGUGAAGAUUGUGAUUCCCAGUGUUUUGCAUGUGAGAAACUGAGAAUAUGCCUAUCAACUCACUUUAUAAUUAUUCUUAUUGUAAUUAUUAUUACUGUUGUUAUUGUUAUUAUGAGAGACACUAUAAAAUGUUCAUAUUUGAUUUUCAAAAUAUGCACUGUCAUAUUACUGCAGUACUUGAACUUUUAAUAUUGUAAGAUAUGUGAAUAAUGUGACAAAUAGAUAAAUGAUUUUCUCAUUCCAUUAUAUUUAUCACUUAUUUAAGAGUUCUGUUUUGGCACAAACAUUUUGAGUAAAUAUGAUAUUUAAUUUAAUUUUAUUUUUAUUACAGCUCAGAGUUUUUAUUUUCAUGCUUUGUGCGUUCUUUCACGGGUAUUUAUGGUAGGUUUGUUCCAGCUGCAACAGCAAGUGGUGCUAAUAAAUAUUUGGGUAUCUUGAUCAGGUUGAAACUGGCUUUAAAUGGGUCACAAGAGUUGGGAGAUAUCAAUAGGAAUGAAAGGACAAAAUUUGCCUCUCAAUUUGUGUGCUCCUCUUUCUGUUUCUGCAGCAGAACAGUAAUUUAAACCCAUACAUGUGCAGAAUAUCGAUGCAUAAAUUAGUAGGUCAUUGUUUGUGGGAACAAACCUUUCUAACAUAAGUUUCUUUUGCUUUGUGACUGACGAUUGUAUGACACAACUCAGGCCUGAUAAUUUGUGUUUGAGAAGCAGUAUUUUUGUUCAGGAUGUGUGAAAAUAAGUGAAAAGUUGUUCAAAGAAGUGUAUGGAAUAGUCAUAUUGCAUUGAACAAUUACGAUUGAGUUGCUCUCUGCCUGCUGGGCAUGUACGUGUGUCUCGGAAUAAACAUUAGUAACUUCUAGGGAUUGUAGAAGGAUUGAAAAUGAUCACCUUUUUCCAAUGAAUAUGUAGUGGGAAAUUGCAUGAAAUUGUGUUAAAUUUGUGAUCUUUGCUCCUAAUCAUUAGGCAACUUCAUGUUGCAUAAGAACAUUACCUGCCAAACCUUUUGAAGAUCAGGAGUUCUCUAAAACCCAUAGGAAAAUAUACAUGUGUAACUGUUUUGUGUAAUUUCCCAAUACAUGUUCAUUGGGAAACUAUGAUCACUUUAUCCCUUUCGACAUAGAAUAUUCUAAACUUUGUUCUGAGACAUCCAUUCCAGAUAUCCUAUUAAGCUCUCUUGAGUGAGUCAGGUGGCAUCAGGAGGUUCACUACUGAAGCAUUUCCUUACCAUGUGGAAGUCUGUCUUAAUAUAACAGAAGUGUUCUGACAUGCCUGUUUUAUAACACAGAAUUACUAAUUGUUGCAUGUACACACAUAAAGGGAUCAUCAAAUCAUUUGGCCAAAUCCCCUAGCUUUUAACUACUGGAAUUAUAUUAGUCCUGAGUGUGCUUGUAAAACAAGAUCCAUAAAACAUCUCAACCACCUACACUAUUCUUAUUUGAAGUAUAUCCAAUCCUCAUGUAGCAUUUAACUAGCCUGUAAAUGCAUGUGUUUGGGAAAAGGAUAUUGCAUGAAGUUCAUUGUAAACAAGUGUUUGUCACAAAUAAAUAUCUAAUGUAACGAAGUUUAAAAUUUAAACCCUAGGCAGCGAUGGGCAUCCCUCCAAAGGAGAAAAGACCUGUAGCAGUUGUGAUAUACAUUUGCUAUAAUUAUCACAUUUUGGCAAAAUCCUUUUAGCUUAACAUCUCACUGAUAUAUUUCUUGUGUCAUGGAGUCAUCAAUUUCAUCAUUUCCAUAGGUCUACAUUAGCAUGAUAACAUUUUGCAUUUCACCUAGCUUCCCAAAAGUUUUGUUUAAUAUCAUAUUGUUAUGACCAUGUACAUUACAUGUAUACAAAUUGAGAAGGGUGUAAUUCUUGUGGUUCUAGUUUUCUUAAAAUUCAUUCAUGUUAAUUGUUUUGAUUUUCAAUAUUUGGGAAUUAGUGUGUGUUUCCUAUCUGUGAAUUAAUACAAAAUAAAAAUUGUGAUAAAGCAAAUAUAUUUAACAGAAUACUUUUCUUUAUGCUUAACUCAUCAUAAAGCAUUUAACAUAAUCAUCCAAAGACAUUUAGCUGUCGCAGGGAAAGCAUCCUCAUGUGCCUCGCAGGUCUAUUGUGUCCGAUGUUUGAUAAUUAUCUGCAGAUGUUGUUUUUGAGAUGCUUUAUUCUAUUACCAAAAGUACACAUGAAUAAAACAUUGAAGGUUUUAAACAUCAUUUGUUGUCAUAAUAAACACCGAUUAAUUUUUUUUGUUUUAAGUGCCAUCCCUUCCUGCUAUAUUAGAUGCGGCAAUUGUGUCUGUCUACUUAUUUUGAUUUUCUUCUUAUAAUUAAGAUAUCAAUUUAAGUAAAUUUUACAUUCAACUAUUGAUUCAGCCAUUUUCAAGUAUAAAUAAUGUGACCAUUAUGUAUGCACAAGCAUAAAUGUUCAUAUUGUGCACCUGCACAAACCCAUGAUUGUCUCAGAUUCUAUUGCAAUUGCUUCAUGAAACACUGUAUUUUGUAUUGUUCAAAGUAUGAUGCUUUAUAAAUUUGCUGAAUCAGGACUAUUGAUUAAAAUUGCCUGGAAAAUGAUGACGUCAUUACAAUUUUGUUUUGCGAUAUUAUGUUAUGUUAAUUGCUGGUAUUGUAUAAGUGCAAAUUCAUAUACUUAAUACAUACAGGAAUACAUAUUUUGUUUUUUUAAUUAUCUCAGGCCUGAGAAGGUGUCAUGCAUUCCAGAGUUUCUUAUCCAUGUGUGUGGAGAAGUAACACAAUUGUUCAGAUACUUCUUCACAUAAACAAGGAUGUAUCUCAUAAUUGAUUAUAAGUAAACAAUUGCACUGAUAAUAAGAAGUGACAAAUUUAAUCAAAUACGUGUGGCUUAUUUUUAUAUGGAGGAUUCUAGUAGCGAGACUGAUGGUAAGGCAAAUUGUUCUAAAUAACAGAGCACUAAUGUUUCUUGUAAUUGUGAAAAAUAUUUUUGCUAAAGUUUCAUCAUUUAAAUUUCACAAACCAGCGUUUUUAUUUGCUGGAUGCUUAUAAAGGCACUAAGAUACUGCAGACUACUAGCGUUUGCAUAACUCCUUUGUCAUUUUUCUGUGUAUUUAAGACUGGCUAAUAUUGGCAUCAAGUUUCUGUAAUAACCAGUAAAUAAAUAUUUUUUAAAGGGUAGAAUAUAUGAAACAAUAGCAAGUGUGAUCAGGUUAUAAAUUAAAUAAAUCAUAAUAAAUACUCCAGAGAAACUUCAAGAACAAAGAUCAUAAAUUUAAAAAAAACAAAAAACUUUCUGAUUUCUCUAAAAAUAUAAAAGAAAUUUCUUGCCAUAUUGGGCAGGUUUCAAAUAUAUUCUUAAUUCUUGGAGAUCAGUGAAAGUCCUAAAAUAUAACAUCUUUAAAUGUGUAUUAUGGAAUUAAAGAUGUUUGGAAGUGCCUAUGUGAGAAGUAGAAAAACAAAAUUUCCUUUCUUUGUCAAUUAAAAUGUUUGAUGUACUAUUUUUUUUCAUUCUUGGCUCAGAGUUUUUCUUGUGUUUUAUAACAAUAAUUAUUGUAUUCAACUAUAAACUCUGCUCAGAAGAAUGAAAGCUUAAAUUUCCAAAACUAAGGAUCAAUAUAUUGAGAAUCAAAAUUUUAAAAUUAUUUCUUGAAUUUUUUCAGACUGCAUUCUCAUAAUUUUUUAGAAAUUUAGAAAUGAAUUUAUUUGUGUGUUUACAUAUACAUUUUCAUAUUUUCAUUUUAAUGUUUCAACAACAUAAAUGUAUAAAAUUGUAUUCCAAAGAGUCCUCAUUACAGUUAUAUUGUAUUAAUAAAUUGUAUUUUAAGUUAAAAAUGAGACAGUUGCAAGAGAGUGUUAUCCUAAAUUACUGUUGCCAGUUGCAUCUACAGGUUUACCACCGAAACAAGGCAAUCAUAAUUUCAUUUUCCAUUGUAAUAUUCUUAUUUCACACUUAAUACUUGAAUAUUGUUCAACAUGUUGAAAAUAUGGCUUAUAUUGAAAUAUGUUCUAAAUUCUUAAUAUCCAGGAUGAAUAAAAAAACUAAUUGAAUUAUUCCUAACAGGUUAAACAAAAUAGCUGCCUCCAGAAUCCUGGAUCAUCAGAAUUUAAGAAUAUCAUAAUGUAUACUAUGUGAAAGCCUUUCUUUAAAGUUAAUUGUUUGUUUUAGUCUAAAUUACUAUUUAUGACGAAGUUAACCUAUUAAAAUAUUUUCUAAGUAGUAUCUUUGUAGUUUGUCAUUUGUGUGCUAAAGUAAGUUGAAGACGAUAUUGUGAGCAAUUGAGUGAUUGAAUAUAAUGACAUUAUGUACGGUUUCCAAGUUAAGACGAAUUAAAAAAUGGUUUAAACCUUCAUGGUUGAAAUUUGGAGAUAUGGAAUUGGCUGAAUAGUAAUCUUUCAAAUUUCCAUUUACUUAAUAUGUGAAUUGAAUUUUAAUUAGACAGUAUCUCCAGGAUUUUAUAUUUGUCAAUAAAUACUAAGACAGAACCCAAUUAUGUGUAUAUAUCAACAUUUCAUUUAGCCAGAUGACUUUAGUUUUUCUUUUUGAAACUUUUUUUUUAAGUGCAGUUUAUGAAGUUUAGCAUUUUAAUAGAAAGAAAUGCGUAAUUUCAGAAUGGGUUGAAAUGUAAGAAAAGUUUUUAAACAAAAUUUGGUUGAUUUUAAGGAGGCCACUAAUGUGUUAUGAAAAGAAGUUUGAAAUGAAGCUAUUCUUUAUUAUGAUGACUGCUUUUUGUUCUAAUAGUACUACAUCACACAUUUUAUCUGAUCAUGUGCCACCAUACAUAUAAUUGAUACCAAAGUACCAUCAUUUUGAUACAUUUCUAUUAAUAUUUGUAUUAUUGAUGUGGCCCCAAUAGUAGCUAUGUUGAUGAUAUCUUGGGCACUGACUUUCAGGAUCCAAUUUUUGAUCUGAGAUUUUGCCUAUUAUCGUGCUAGAAUUGUUGAUUAAUUACUUUUUUAAGUAACCUGGAUCAUUUCUUGAGCACAAAAGGAGCAAACUCUUACAAUUUGUCAUAUUUCAUUGUUGCCCAUUCCAAUUCUGAGUAUUUUACAUUAAUUGUUGCUAUUUCACUAAUAUUGUAUUUCUUAAUGAUCUGCUUCUUGAACUCCCUUCUUUACAAACACAUUAACCCAUGGGACGAAUCCGAUUAUCAAUAUUACCAGAGUGCACUUCAGGACCAUUAACAAUAGCACAUCACAAAGAUUUUAUAAAGAAAGAAAUGUGAAAUAGUAUUCAAAUAUAGAUUUAUGGCAGAGAGGUCAAAAUCUUUUUAUGUUUGGCUGUGCAAACUUGUAUCUGACUUCCUUCGAACAAACUUGGUUAUUGAAACUUCCCAUACCAAGCACCUACUCACACAGUAUUUCUUUAUGUUUUGUAUCAUUUGCAAGAUAUCUAGUGUAUGUUUCUAAUGGAAGAAGAUAUUCUAAUAAUUGGAGAUCAUUUACAUAUGCAACAUAUGAAAUUUGUCAUGCUACUUUUAAAAAUUAAAGAAACAUUAGAAAUUGUAAAAUAAUUGUAAACAAAUUCCAAGCAAAAUAUUUCCAAUUAUAUGCUUUCAGAACUGUAACAUUUUAGAGAAAUGAUUUAGCAUUGAUUUGAUUGCCAUGAAAGGGCACUGUAUACCCCUUCGCUCCGGCUUUGAUGUUGAUACAUUCAAAUGAUCAAGUUUUUCCAUGCUAAGGAAUAAAUUGCAGUAUCAGAACUGUUUUUUUAAAUGCUGCCUAAUGAUAUUUAAGGCAAUUAUUAUUAUUAUUAUUAUUAUUAUUAUUAUUAUUAUUAUUAU